AAUUCCUGAUCUACGGACAUUUUUCCAGGGAAAUACCAAGCACUAUAUUUUUGAAGAUACAAAAACACUUUUGACACAGUGCACUUUGCUGAAUUUUUGAUGUGAAAACCUUUACUAAAAGUACACUGAAAAUAUCAGUGGAAAAAUUCUCUUGCUUUUUUGAUCUUCAGAAAUUCUUUUGGCAGUGUAAUAACGAAUAAUUUGAAGGAGGGAAAAGCUGUCGCAUUGCGUAGUAAAUUCGAAGUAGUAAUUGGAGUGUUUUCUUCUUGUUGUUUUUCUAAGAUUUUAUCCCAUUUAAAGCCAGUUUUUGCAAGAGAUGUCCGACGUGGAUGAUGAUUUUAUGUGUGAGGAUGAAGAGGAUUAUGGAUUGGAAUACUCUGAGGACAGCAAUUCAGAGCCAGAUGUUGAUCUUGAGAAUCAGUACUAUAAUAGCAAGGCCCUAAAAGAGGAUGAACCGGAAGCAGCUCUGGCAUCCUUCCAGAAAGUCCUGGAUCUUGAGAAUGGCGAGAAGGGUGAAUGGGGCUUCAAGGCACUCAAGCAGAUGAUCAAGAUCAACUUCAAGUUGGGCAAAUACGUAGAGAUGAUGACAAGAUAUAAGCAGCUUCUGACUUACAUCAAGAGCGCAGUGACAAGAAAUCACUCCGAGAAGUCCAUUAACUCCAUCCUCGACUACAUCUCCACGUCUAAGAAUAUGGAACUGCUACAAAACUUCUAUGAAACUACUUUGGAUGCUCUCAAGGAUGCCAAGAAUGACCGGCUGUGGUUCAAGACAAACACCAAAUUGGGCAAAUUGUACUUCGAUCGCAAUGACUUCACCAAAUUGCAGAAAAUCCUCAAGCAACUGCAUCAAUCUUGUCAGACGGAUGAUGGAGAAGAUGAUCUGAAGAAGGGCACCCAACUGCUUGAGAUUUACGCUCUGGAAAUCCAAAUGUACACCGUGCAGAAGAACAAUAAGAAACUGAAGGCUCUCUAUGAGCAGAGUCUGCACAUUAAGUCAGCCAUUCCGCAUCCAUUGAUUAUGGGAGUGAUCCGGGAAUGUGGGGGCAAGAUGCAUUUGCGAGAGGGAGAAUUUGAAAAGGCUCAUACAGAUUUCUUCGAGGCUUUCAAGAAUUACGAUGAAUCAGGCUCACCGAGGAGGACAACGUGCUUGAAGUAUUUGGUAUUGGCCAAUAUGCUGAUGAAGUCUGGGAUUAAUCCUUUUGACUCUCAGGAGGCUAAACCGUACAAGAAUGAUCCGGAAAUAUUGGCAAUGACGAAUCUCGUGGUGUCCUAUCAGAAUAAUGAUAUCAAUGAAUUUGAAUCGAUUUUGCGGAAUAACCGAAACAAUAUUAUGGAUGAUCCUUUCAUCCGGGAACAUAUUGAGGAUUUGCUGAGGAACAUACGGACUCAGGUGUUGAUCAAGCUCAUAAGACCUUAUACCAGAAUCGCCAUUCCCUUCAUUUCCAAUGAGUUGAACAUCGAACCGGCGGAAGUUGAGAGUCUCCUGGUGUCAUGUAUCCUGGACAAUGCCAUCCAUGGACGCAUCGAUCAGGUUAAUCAGGUAUUGGAACUUGAUCAGGAAACACUGUGUGCUACUAGGGAUUAUGCCAUGGAGAAGUGGUCCAAUCAGAUUCAUUCUCUUCAGCUUGCCGUGAUCAACAAAAUGUCCUAAAAGCCCCUAAUAACCACAAAAUCUUUUCCUCUAAAAAAAUCUUGCGAUUCUUCUUGAGAAAUUACUUUCACAUAACGAUAAAUGAACAUUUGAGAGAAUCAUCCGAGGUAAAAAGAGAAAGAAGCACAGCGAAUAAAAGAGACGUCAAUCAGA